AUAACUUUUCUACACUAAAGAGGAACAAUAUUUCUAUUCGAUAUGUGAGCAUUUUUUAAGUUUGUGAGUGAACAUGUAGAAACAACAAAUUAGAUGCUUUGUCAGUUUGGAAAAAUUAGAGAUAAAAUAAGCAUGAAUGUCCUCAAAAAGUACAGAUUAGUGCUUUCAUAUGGAUCAUGUGGAAGUUUUCUUUUUCUACUAGUAGUAAUCUUUUUUAAAAAUGAUUGGGAUUCUACGGAUAUUGUGAUUCAGGAACAAUCAUGUGACAGUGAAAUGGAUUCUUAUCAUAAGUUCCAUAGAAAUAUCCCUGCCAUAGGUGGGAAAGAUUGGUCAUUUAAAUCACUUCAACGGUGCUUAGAUAAAAAUUCUGGAUUCUACAAACGUCCGAUAGAUAGAAGGGAACAGCUUGUUCCAAUAUGCAACGGCACUAAUGUGUCUAUUCACACCGUGACAAAUUUCAACCAAUUGCUGCCAGUGUUUGAGUAUCCAGACAGUUGCCUUCACUUGAUCAUUGACAAAUUUUGCUUGGGUGAAGUUGUACCGAACAUAAUUCACUACAUCUGGUUUGGAAUACAACAUUUUGAGCUUAUCCAUUUUGUUAGCUUUUACAGUGCCUAUCAAAAGCAAAAACCAUGUUUAAUUUUACUUUUUACUGAUUUUUUACCAUUUGGUGACUUGUGGAAUCUUUUACUCACUGUCAUUCCAAACAUAAUUCAUAUUAGAAUUUCAGUUCCGACACAUAUCGCAGGGAAACAUAUAUCUUGGGUGCAACAUAAAUCAGACAUUGUUCGACUUCAUAUUCUGAAAGAGUAUGGCGGCAUAUACUGUGACACAGAUCAAAUAAUCCUGAGAUCACUGAAUGUCUUCAGAAACGAUGAAUGUACAAUGGGCAAUGCACAUGAUGGCUCUCUUGGGAGUGCAUUAAUUCUGGCAGCAAAGAAUUCAAGAUUCAUUAACAAAUGGAUUGAAAGUUAUAUAACUUAUGACCCAACAAAGUGGGGAGACAACUCGGUGACUAUGGCCAUGAAGCUCGCUAAAGAGAAUACGGAUUUAAUCAAAGUGCAAGAUCAUCAUUGUGUUUUCUUUCCACAUACAAUGGUUUUGUAUAACCAGAAUUACAAAUGGUCUCACAGUUACGGGCUACAUGUCUAUAAACUUGGUCAUAUAGAAGAACUAAAGAGGCUGAAUUUCACAAAUAUACGACGGCUUAACAAUACAAUAGGUGCCGUGAUUCGGUUCAUUUUGUUUGGGAACAAAGAAAUGUGUGAAUAAA